UCAAYCGCUCGGACCAUUUCUUUGGCCAACCGUCUGGUGGGAGGUCUGGUCUCUGAGAAUGUCCGCUGGGCAGAGGCCGUCGRAAACUUCAAGAAACAGGAGACGAGUUUGUGCGGGGAUGUCCUCCUCAUCACUGCCUUCAUCUCUUACCUGGGAUACUUCACCAAGCAUUACAGACUGCACCUUAUGGAGAACACRUGGAGGUCUUAUUUCAGUCAGCUGAAGGUUCCCAUCCCGGUGACCGCUGACCUGGACCCUCUGACCAUGCUGUCUGAUGACGCUGACAUCGCCACAUGGCAAAACGAGGGCCUGCCUGCUGACAGAAUGUCCACAGAGAACGCAACCAUUCUCACCUCCUGCCAGCGCUGGCCCCUCAUGGUGGACCCCCAGCUGCAGGGCAUCAAAUGGAUCAAAAACAAAUAUGGGGAGGACCUGCGAGUCAUCCGCAUCGGACAGAAAGGAUACCUGGAUGCCAUAGAAAGUGCACUGGCAGCAGGGGACGUGGUUCUGAUAGAGAACUUGGAGGAAACACUGGAUCCUGUUCUUGGACCUUUGCUGGGCAGGGAAACCAUCAAGAAGGGCAGGUACAUAAAGAUCGGAGACAAGGAGUGCGAGUACAACCCUAGUUUCCGCCUGAUCCUGCACACCAAGCUUGCCAACCCUCAUUACCAGCCGGAGCUGCAGGCCCAGUGCACACUGAUAAAUUUCACAGUGACCAGAGACGGUCUGGAGGACCAGCUGCUCGCCGCGGUGGUCAGCAUGGAGAGACCUGACCAGGAAGAGCUGAAGUCCGACCUGACGAAGCAGCAGAACAGCUUCAAGAUCACCCUGAAGACCCUAGAGGACAACCUGCUGUCGCGUUUGUCCUCCGCUUCAGGAGAUUUCCUCGGUGACACAGAACUGGUGGAAAACCUGGAGACAACGAAAUGCACCGCUGCGGAGAUUGAACAGAAGGUUAAAGAAGCCAAGGUGACAGAGGCCGAAAUCAAUGAGACUCGGGAGCACUACCGACCAGCAGCAUCGCGGGCUUCCUUAUUGUACUUCAUAAUGAACGACCUCAAUAAAAUCCACCCCAUGUACCAGUUCUCUCUCAAGGCAUUCAGCGUGGUCUUCCAGAAAGCGGUUCUGAAGGCCGAGCAGGACGAUACUCUGAACCAGCGGGUGUCCAACCUAAUUGACAGCAUCACCUCCUCAGUCUUCCAGUACACCACCAGAGGCCUGUUUGAGUGUGACAAGCUCACGUACAUUGCUCAGCUCGCUUUCCAGAUCCUUGCGAUGAAAAAAGAAAUAAACCCUGUAGAGCUGGACUUCCUUCUGAGAUACCCCGUCCAACCAGGUUUAACAWCACCAGUGGAUUUCUUUUCCAACCACUCCUGGGGCGGGAUCAAGGCCCUGAGUACCUUGGAAGAGUUCAGAAACCUGGAUCAAGACAUCGAAGGUUCAUCCAAACGCUGGAAGACGUUCGUGGAGUGCAAGUGUCCUGAAAGAGAGAAAUUCCCCCAGGAGUGGAAGAACAAAAAUUCUCUUCAGAAGCUAUGCAUGAUGAGGGCUCUGAGGCCUGACCGCAUGACGUACGCCGUAAGAGAUUUUGUAGAGGAGAAACUGGGAAACAAGUACGCAAAUAGCCGAUCCCUGGACUUCGCCAUCUCCUUUGAAGAAUCUGGUCCAGCUACGCCCAUGUUCUUCAUCCUCUCUCCUGGAGUUGACCCUUUGAAGGAUGUGGAAAAACAUGGGAAGAAGAUUGGCUUCACAUUUGACAAAAAGAAUUUCCAUAAUGUUUCUCUGGGUCAAGGCCAGGAGGUCGUUGCUGAACAAGCCCUCAAUUUGGCAGCUGAGAAGGGCCAUUGGGUCAUAUUACAGAACAUCCACUUGGUGGCUGGCUGGCUGGGUUCUCUAGAGAAACUUCUGGAGAAGCUCGCAGAGGGAAGCCACGAGAACUUCAGGGUGUUUGUUAGUGCUGAACCCUCCUCCACCCCCGAGGGCCACGUCAUCCCACAGGGCAUCCUGGAGAACUCCAUCAAGAUCACCAAUGAACCACCUACAGGCAUGCAUGCCAACCUGCACAAGGCUCUAGACAACUUCAACCAGGACACGCUGGAAAUGUGCGCACAGGAGAACGAGUUCAAGAGUAUUUUGUUUGCUGUGUGCUACUUCCAUGCGGUCGUUGCAGAGAGGAGGAAGUUUGGUCCACAAGGCUGGAACAGAUCAUACCCUUUUAACAUCGGUGACCUCACCAUUUCUAUCAACGUCCUCUAUAAUUACCUUGAGGCCAAUCCUAAGGUGCCGUUUAAAGACCUGCGCUACCUGUUCGGUGAGAUCAUGUAUGGAGGUCACAUCACAGAUGACUGGGACCGCCGUCUGUGUUGCACCUACCUGGGAGAGUACAUCAAGCCUGAGAUGAUGGACGGAGACCUGUGCCUCGCGCCUGGCUUCCCAUUGCCUGGAAACAUGGACUAUAAAAGCUACCACAAGUACAUUGAUGACACCCUACCUGCUGAGUCGCCCUACCUGUACGGCCUCCAUCCCAACGCUGAGAUUGGCUUCCUCACUCAAACUUCGGAGAAGCUUUUCCGCACUGUGCUGGAGAUGCAGCCCAGAGACGGAGGGGUUGGUGAUGGCGGCGGGACGACACGUGAGGAGAAGGUGCGUCAGGUGUUAGAGGACAUCAUGGAGAAACUCACGGAUGAUUUCAACAUGGCCGAGCUGUUGGAGAAAGCGGAAGAGAGGACUCCCUACCAGGUGGUGGCGCUGCAGGAGUGUGAGCGCAUGAACGUUCUUACGCAGGAAAUCAGACGCUCCCUCCAUGAGCUCAACCUAGGACUGAAGGGAGAGUUGACCAUGACCAGUGAAAUGGAGAACCUUCAGAAUGCCAUUUUCCUGGACACAGUGCCUGACAACUGGACCAAGCGGGCGUAUCCCUCAAUGUCCAGCCUGGCCCUCUGGUUCACUGACCUGUUAGCCAGGAUCAAGGAGCUUGAAAACUGGUCCAGUGACUUCGUCUUACCCCCUGUAGUGUGGCUAGCUGGCUUCUUCAACCCCCAGUCCUUCCUCACAGCGAUCAUGCAGUCUAUGGCUCGAAGGAAUGAGUGGCCUCUGGACCGCAUGUGUCUGCAGUGUGACGUCACCAAGAAGAAUCGUGASGACUUCACYUCCCCGCCUCGUGAAGGGGCGUAUGUACACGGGCUGUACAUGGAGGGUGCACGCUGGGACACACAGACCGGCAUGAUUUUAGAUUCCCACCUGAAAGAGCUCACCCCAGACAUGCCAGUCAUGUUCAUCAGAGCCAUCCCAGCGGACAAACAGGAGAGCAAGAACGUCUACCAGUGCCCUGUCUACAAAACCAGACAGAGGGGACCUACAUAUGUGUGGACUUUCAAUCUGAAGACCAAACAGCCCCCUUCCAAGUGGACCUUGGCUGGAGUAGCCUUGCUUCUGCAGAUCUAGAUCCAAAGUUAAUUGCGGUCUUUAUAGUUUAAAGACAGCAAUGUGUAUUGUCAUGUUGGGUGUUCAUCUUUUUUUUUUCUUCACCCUACAAUGAGCCCUUUAUAUCCAAAAAACGUUUUAUUCACAUGGAGGCAGGUCCUCUCUGUGGAGGCCACCAUGUUGUUUUUUUUCCGUCCAAACUGGACAAACUAAAACCUUUUGUUUUUACGACAGCUGAAGUUCACCACAGGUUCUCCUUCAUGUUUGGAAGAGGAGGAUGAGAUGAGGAAUAUUCAGCUGCAACAUGACACUACACUUAAAUUCGACACAAUGGACU